AUGGCUUUGAACGCAACAUUGACCGAGAUCGCAACAUGUCCCGUCACGGGCAACCCUGACCUUUACGGCUUGGGAAAUCGCUUGGGCAUUUAUUUCCAAAUGAUGACGGUUCAAAUAUCAUCGCUGAUCAGCGCCAUUACCCCCGUUGAAGACCGUGUCGGCCAAUCCACAGUCAUUUUUAUCCUCGCCACCACCACAGUCCUUUUGCGACUCCUUUCAAGUCACGAAAUCCAGCCCGUCGAGGUCGUGCCAAUCCUCGGUCUGAUAUAUGCGCAAAUCGGCGUGUGCAGGGUCCCCUUCUCCGGAUCCAAGAUAACCCUCCUCAUCUACGCCGGCGAGCUAGUUGGUAUUCUUGCUCUAUUCACGUGGUUUUGGUGGAAGGGGAUGGAUCUACUACCGAGGUCCUGCAAAAAUGAUUAUGCCUUUUUCUUUGCAAAAGUCAGCAUCUGGGGUUGGUUCCGUCGAAUGAACAAAGCCCUUUCCAUCAUUUCCGUUGUUGGGGCCAGUUUGUCCUAUCUCAUGAAUUUAAUCAGUUUCUUGUACAUCGUGGUCAGGAAUGCAGUGGAUGACGAAGUGAUGGAGCGAUUCCAAAGUUCCACCGGUCCAAUUGAGAUAACAGUCAACAUUGGUAUAAUAGUCUUCGUGGAGGUGUCAUUGAAGUGGAACAACAUCACCGGUGUUCAUUCUUUAAGAGACCCAGGCCAAUUUAUGCCUUUCUUCAUCUCCCUAGCUCAGCUUAUCAGCACAAUCUACCAGCUCCUGCUUUCCGGCAAAGCAAUUGAUGACGAUUCCGACAUUUGGGAGGAGGACGAUGGCAAGUACUAUUCAUUUAGCUGCGGCGGCUCCAAUGCUAACAUUUGUUGA